AUGUAUCUCGGUCAACUCUGGCAUUUGGUGGCAGCAGCAGCAGCGGUUGCCGUGGCUGCCCCUGCUCGUCCGGUACCUCGGGAUGUUUCGGCCAAUGUCCUGGAGCAGUUCACCCUCUACGCCCAGUGGGCGGCUGCCGCAUACUGUUCCAACAAUCUCGACUCUACAGGAGAUGCGAUUACCUGCGCCGGAGGGUAUUGUCCGGAGGUGGAAUCUUCCAAGACCAUCUCGCUAUCCGAGUUCAAUGAUACGAACGACUUCGGCGACACUGCUGGAUUCGUGGCCGUCGACGAAACAAACAAACAGAUCGUGGUCGCUUUCCGGGGCAGCAAGUCUAUCAGCAACUGGAUUGCUGACCUGGACUUUGAUCUGACCGAUGCCAGUAACCUGUGUACUGGCUGUGAAGCGCACUCAGGGUUCCUGAUGGCGUGGGAGGCCGUGGCUGACUCGAUCACAUCCCAAGUCAGCUUGGCCAUGCAUACCUACUCGGGGUAUACACUGGUUGUGACGGGCCACAGCCUCGGAGGUGCCAUAGCAGCCAUAGGGGCCACUGUACUACGUAAUGCUGGAUAUGUUCUCGACCUGUACACCUUUGGCCAGCCACGCGUGGGCAAUUUGGCGCUGGCCACCUUUUUGACUGAGCAGGGAAAUAAUCGGAUGACGCAUCUCAAUGAUAUUGUGCCUGAGACUGCCUCCUACUACCUUCGGUUUUUCUCAUUCAAGUCCCGAAUACUGGAUUACCUCUGGGGACGACGUGACCGUGACCACAUCCGACAUUGA